AUGUAAGUGAAUGAAUACAUAGUGUUAUAACACAAUCUUACAUCAUAUACAUCUCACCUGACUGUGUGUCAACUUGACAUCUUUUACCCCCGAUGGAAAAAUCCUUUAUAAAUAUUUCUGUAGCUUUAUGUCAUCACAGCACUUAUGUAGGUCUUAUGACGCUCUAUGAACACUGUUCUUCACCUAUUGCUUUUUUUUUCCUUACAACUAAAACGUUCCCUGCUGAAAUGUGAACUCUGGUGUUGGAGAUAAACUUAUCAGCGGCUCACAGAGACACUGUUCUGCACGUGAUUAUUAUAACCCUCACUCGUCCACGUCCCCUGAGCGCGACACGCAGAAACAACACCUGAACAUCACCCGAAUGAACGCUUGCAGCACAGCCGAGAGAGGAGUACGGGUUUUACUGGGAUGCGUGAUUUAAAUAAUCAGACUGCGCUUGUGCUGGACUUUGAAAAUAAAGUUAGUUAAAAUUCCCCUGAAAGGAAAGUCAGCAUGGGCAAGUUUUCAGAAGGAGACGUAAUUAUCAGUGCGUGAUGGCGUCUCGCUUCACUGCAGCUUUGCCAAGUGUUUCUACGUGGUUUAUGAUCCGAUUCGUCACUCUGAAGAAGAUGAAGCGAGACAGAAAUAUCUGAUUUUUCCUGCAUGAACUCUGAAAGGAGUCUCCAGUGUCAGCGCUGUGGAACAGUCAGAAGCGAAGCUGGAAAUUUUCCAAGUGUUUUCUGACAUUUUCAGAACAGAGGAGUCUGCGCUUCUUUGUGGCUUCUCAGUAACACGAUGGAACAAGCUACGAUUUUUUUUUAUCUGAUUAAUGUGAAGAGAAAGAAUAAAGAGAUACUCGUGAGGGAACAACUGUUUAUAGCUGCUAUAAUUCCCACACUCAGGAUGAUCUCUGCUCUUGUAGCUGUGAUGAUCCUUCUUGUGAGAAACGUCACAUCGUCCUGCAGCUGCUCAGGGUCGCCAUCAUCAGGCCUGAGUGUAAACUGCAGUUCUCGAGAUCUGAACCGUAUUCCUGAUCUCCCACCCAACACCACUGAGCUUUAUCUACAGCACAACCACCUGGUCACGGUUCUUCCGGGAUUCUUCGACAGGCUUCUAGAGCUUCGUGUGGUGGAUCUGUCAGGGAAUCCCUUCCACUGUGGCUGCAACAUUCAGUACCUGAGAGUCUGGCUCCUGAAGAACCGAAACGUGACUACAGUGCAUCCUAGGUGUGCCACUCCGGCGUCUCAGGCACACAGAGCCAUCAUCAGUCUCAGCGAGACCAUGUUCUCGUCCUGCGUGAGGAGCCGGUGCUCCAGUGCAGGUUAUAACCUGGUGCUAGGGUUCCUGCUGUGUGGAAUCCUGGGCUUGUUACUGUGGAGUCUCCGCCUGUCCAAAGGGCUGUCGUUUAGUCUGGGCAUCAGCGAGAAGCACGCCAGCCUCCGGGUCGAAUCCCUGCCCUCGCUCAAACCCAAACACACAGCCAAGGUGAAGUACUCGGCGCAGUGGAGCGAGGAUCUGGAGACGCCGCUGCUUGACAUGGACAUCCUUCCACAGAUCAUCGACACGCUCCACAAACGCCACAAUAUCAAGAUUCAAGAAAUGUGAAUCAGCCGUUUCAGUUCUGCUCACGUUUGAAGGUCAUAUACCUGAUGUGCACCACGAAAUUUUCUGAAUAUUCAUUUUUACACAGACGCAUGCUUUCAGAUGAUGUUUCUCCUGAACUGAAAUUUAAGGGUUGGGGUUUUUUUUCAGUAUAAUACUGAAUAAGCCUCAGGCUUUGCCAUAAAUCGGAGAAUUUGUAAAAUAAUGCUUGUUCCUGAUUCUAAACACCUUAAAAAACAAUUCUGCCAAUAUAAUGUUAACUCUGCUUAUAAU